AGCUCACCGUUGCAACGACCAACCGACCGACCGAGCCCGGCGCGCGAGGCCACCACAUGACACCACCAACACACGCGAGCAGCAAACAAGAAGAGCCAGCCAGCCACCCCCGCCUCCCUUUCCAUCCGUCGUCCCCAACCGCCCCCCUCCCUCCCGCAUCACAACAAACGCGCUCUUCUCCGUGCUUCCGGAACUCUCCCCCCGUCCCCAUCCCCACCUCCACCUCCACCGCCACCGCCAUGGCCUCCGUCGCCGCCUCCUCCUCGCCCCUCGCCGCCGCCUCGCUCGCGGUUUCUCGGCGCCCGCACCACGCGCUCCCGCCCGCCCGCGGCCCGCGUCCCCAGGCCCAGGCCCAGGCCCUCCGCGCGGUCUCAGGCCCCGCCGGGAGCCGCCGGUGGGGCGUCCGCCGCGGCGCGUCCGUGGUGCGCGCGGUCCAGGGCCAGGACACCACCAUCCAAGUUCCUGAUGUCACGAAGGCAACAUGGCAGUCGCUUGUUAUAGAGAGCGAGAUUCCUGUUCUUGUUGAAUUCUGGGCUUCAUGGUGUGGACCUUGCAAAAUGAUUGAUCCAGUUAUCGGUAAGCUGUCAAAGGAGUAUGAAGGGAAGCUGAAAUGCUACAAGCUCAACACCGAUGAGAACCCAGACAUAGCAAGCCAGUAUGGCGUCCGGAGCAUCCCAACCAUGAUGAUCUUCAAGAACGGGGAGAAAAAGGACGCGGUGAUCGGAGCAGUGCCUGAAAGCACGCUGAUCACAUGCAUCGAGAAGUUCACUGAGAGGUAAAACGCUGAACGGGUCUGCUCGACGGCUACUUGGCAUUAGCAUUCCACGUCCAUUGUUCAGUCAGAUCAUCGAAAACUCGACGUCAUCUGCACAAUCUUUCUAUACCCUGCCUUCACUGCGUGUAGAUAGUAUUGGAACCUGGCUCUCUGUACCAUCAAUAAAUAGAAUCACACAAGUCUUAUGGUGAAAAUCCCAAGGAAGCCUGGUCUCAUUGUGUCAUUCUUUUGGGCUGUAGAUAUAUAUGACAGGACUGUCAAGAGUCAUAUUCUGUACGUCUAUACUGUAUUACAUAUUUCGUUCGGUUGAUGUGAUCUACUGUAUUUUCUA